CCAGUGGGUAAGAGAGAGGAGAGAGAGGCAAGAAGCGAGCAGCGAGCAACAUGGUGGAGAGCAGCACGGUGGUUGUCGAGACUCCCGGGGAAUCUCCCCAGCGCGGAAGGGAGGGGAAGUGUCCCUUGGCGGACCGCCACCUGGACAGGGAGGACGUGCGCAGAGUGAUCCGUGAGUGUCGGGACGAGAGCUUCUGGUGCAGAGCUCUUCCCCUGUCCCUGGGCAGCAUGGCCGUCACUGGGGGGCUCAUCUACAACGGGGUUCUCAAGUCCUCCGGGAGGUUCGGACCGCUCCCUAAAGUGGCAGUGGCCGGGGUGCUGGGCUACGUCGUGGGCAAGGCCUCCUACAUGAGCACCUGCAGAGAAAAGUUCCACAAACUGGGCCUGGAGCCUUUCGGCCCUGGAUUCGGCCCCGGCUUCGGUCCGCGGUUCUGGAACGCCCCGGAGCACAGGAGGCACUGCCACCACGUGUGCGAAGAGUGUAAGAAAGAGGCGAGCGUGCGCAAGGAGACGAGCCAUAGCUGAGCAGGUAGCGCGCCCACACGGACGCUCCGUGGUGAUCUUUGGAUUGAGCUCAGACACAUCAUUAAUAAAGUCGUUUCCAUGGACGACGACUCCAGCGCGUGCUACACCUCUGCGCUGUGGGAGCUGUCCUCUGAACACCCGCCUGUGUCUCCACCCACGUGUGUUACAGACAUGUUUGGUCGCAGCGAACGCUACCCCCCCCCCCCGGCGCCGCGUCCGCCGAGCCCCCCGGCAGCUGCGUGUUCCUGCCACCCUUUUGUAACCGCUAAUAAAGGUGCGUUU